AGUGUCCUUCAGUACGCAGGUGUGUGAGCUGCAGGGGGUGUGCCGAGCGCCAAACCCAAACUUUCGUGCGCACCGCGCCGCUGCCUCACCUUCACCUCUCCCUCUCCCUCGGUGGAUUUUACACCUGAGCGUCAGCGGCUGCAGCAUUUUUCUCCCUCGCUGCAGAUUACAGUGGAUUAACAUUUUCUGGGGAGCCAUGCUCUCACACUCUCGGUUCAUCUUGGGUCGCGCCGCCGCCGAGUCCUUGCAGAGAACCGAUCCGGCUUGGAUGGCCUCCAUUCCCGUUUCCGCAUUCCCGCAGCCGCCGUGCGCACUGCAGGCGCGGAGCUAAGAUCCAUGAUCUCAACAGAAAAAACCGGUUCCUCCGGCUAAUCUACCCAACUAUUGCUGGUGGUGCAUUAUGUUUCCAGCCAGAGGAAGAGAGGGAAACCGGGGGACUGAACAGCUGGUGACUGUAGGCUGUAAAAGGCCGUUUUCAGCGGACUGAUAAACCCUGAAGCGCGUCUUAUCGAUCGGUGUUAGAAUAACGCCUGGAAUAAACCCGCCGCCGCUUCAUGUCCCGGGAUGGAGAGUUGCUGUCGCUCGUGUAUGCCGUGUUUAAACCGGCUCUGGAACUGGAUAUGGCCCGACUUCCGCUACCCUAACGUCCCCAACCACAACCAUGUCAUCGCCAACCCGGCCGCGCAGGCGGCGGAGAUCCGCACCGUGUCCGGCGACAUCCGCAUCCCGUCGCCCAAGAAGCGGCCGGUGCAGCUGUACGCGGCGCUCUUCGACUUCGUGGCCCGAAGCGACGACGAGUUGACGGUGAAGGAAGGGGACAAGCUGUCGGUGAUCGAGAAGCGGGGGGAGUACGUGCUGGCCAAGAAGCUGACCGGGUCUCUGGAGUCCGGGCUGAUCCCGGCGAACUACGUGGCUCUGCUGCAGGACGAGUUCGCCAAACACAAGUGGUACUAUGGGAACAUAAACAGAGUGAAAGCUGAGAAGUUGCUUCUGGCUUCCCAAAACAAAGAUGGCUCCUUCCUGGUUCGUAUCAGUGAGAGUCACAGCGACGAGUACACAAUCUCCGCCCGGAGCGAGGGGAAAGUCUACCACUUCAGGAUCCAGCGCUCCACCAUCGGCGCGUACUUCGUCUCAGAUAAGAUCUCCUUCGCCACACUGGGGGAGCUCAUCUCCUACUAUCAGAAAAACCCCCGCAGCCUGGGAGUGCCGCUGGAUGAGCCCUGCGCCCAGCAGCGGGAACUGUUCGACAUGGAGCCAUGGGAGAGACCCCGAGAGGAGUUCAAACUCCACAAGAAACUGGGAGAGGGACACUUUGGAGAGGUGUGGGAGGCUCUGUGGACCACAGAGAACAAGAAGGUGGCCAUAAAGAUGCUGAAACAAGAGGACACAAAGCAGGACGAGUUUGUGAAGGAGGUUCAGGCGCUGAAGAGCCUCCAUCACCCGAAGCUGAUCCAGCUGUUGGCCAUGUGCUCCAGAGGAGAGCCGGUUUACAUCGUCACAGAACUCAUGAGCAAAGGAAGCCUCAAGUCGUACCUCGCCUCGGCUGAAGGCCAGGUGCUGACUUCAGCUCAUCUGAUCUACAUGGGCAGUCAGAUUGCAGAGGGCAUGGCCUACCUGGAGGACAGAAACAUCGUCCACAGAGACCUGGCUGCCAGGAACAUCCUGGUGGGAGACGAUCUGGUCUGCAAGGUGGCCGACUUCGGACUGGCUCGGAUUAUUAAGGACAGUGUUUAUACAGCCAGUCGAAGCACAAAGAUCCCCGUGCGGUGGACGGCUCCUGAGGCGGCCAUUUACCAGAAGUUCUCUGUAAAGUCGGAUGUUUGGUCGUUUGGCGUGCUGCUGUAUGAGAUGAUGUCACGUGGCAAAAUGCCUUAUGAAGGAAAAAGCAACAAGGAGGUGUUGGAUCUGCUGUCGUCUGGGUUUCGGCUGCCCUGUCCGACCCGCUGUCCUCAGAACAUUUACCGCAUCAUGAUGGACUGCUGGGCCGCUGAGCCGUCCAAGAGACCCUCCUUCCACGCCCUGCACAGCCAACUGGAUUCAAUCUAUGCCAGGAUAUAUUUCAAGACCAUAGAGGUUUAGAAAGAUGGAGACCUGGGCAGAGAAAAGGGCAGUUAUAGGGUAUAAAUGGUGUAAGAGAAGAUCCUCUGCAACUGGACUUUGGCAGAAGGAUGGACUACAGAAAUGAAGGAAUAAGGAAUGGGGGAUGAGAAAUGGCAAGGAAUAUUCUCCUCCCCCACGCAAUACACUUCCACAACAGGGUAUAUGUACUUUAAAAACACUAAGGUGUGAUAGGACAGAGGGAGGAAGAGCACAAGAAACUGGAGAGGCGAUGGAGAAGAUGCUCGCCAAAUCAAACAAAUCAGAGGGGAAACUGAGAAGGAAAAUGGCUGAAAGACAGGACAGCAGUUAAAUGAAUGACUGAAAAUAGCCUGAGAAAGGUGUGUAAAUACACUCCUAAAAGAAACUUAACACUAAACCCCUCGGCACAUUCACAGCACCAACUGUUUUUAAUUUUAUACCCUUCUGUGUUUUAUAAAUAAUAUUUUAUUACUUCUGUACGUGCCAUGUCUGUGUAUGCACACUUUGAAAUGUUAUGAAAUCACAGGUCUUUGACUGCAAAGCCAGUGCUAAAUUUGAGGUUAUGUGCAAUAAUUAAAUGCUUGCUGGGUUUUUAGCCAUGCUAGGGGCCUGGUGCUAUAGGGAUGCUAGUGCCAGUUGGUCUGUUGGUCCAACACUUUGGUCUCGAUCUUGACACAGAUUGCGUCAGUCUUCUGGCCCAGCACUUCAGUUUUUGAGGUGCAUUAUCUAAUUAUGACAACCAGCUGUACUGUACUUUCAGAGUAAAGGAUAGGUCAAAGGUACACGUUUGAAAAUAAUAGAGAAAACAGAGAAAAAUCACAUCAGCUCCAGAUGAAGAGGGAGCUCAGUGGUCGCCAUUUUGACAGUGAUGAUGACAUCAUUGCUGUUGUGGACCAUUUUCUCAGAUGGUAUUGACAUGUGAUUUAAACAUUUUUGAAACAGAAAUACCACAAAAAUUAUUAACAUGUAAGCAGAGCUGUAAGUCAUCUCCCUCUAGUGUAAGCCACAGUGUUAUCAGUUAAGGAAUGACUACAGCAGCCAAUGACUCUGUUACUUCUCAUAUGGCAUGCAAGUAUUGUUUUAAGGUAGACGUGAAAAAAAUCCUAGUUUAUUCUUUAAAAUAAUAGUGCAGCCUUUUUGGAUAUAUGCUUUUUCGUGUUCUUGCUAAGAGUUAGAUGAGAACCUUGAUGGCACUCUCAUGUCUCUACAUUAACCAGGGAGCCAAAGCCAAGAUCCUAUUAGCCUCGCCAGGGGGAAAGAGCUAUCCUGGCUCUGUCUUAAGUUAAAAAGAUACACCCACCAACACCAGUAAAACUCACCAGCUAACUGUUAUAUCUAGUUUGCUUAACCCAUACUCAGAUAGAAAUGAGAAUACAACAAUUUUACAGUGUAUCAGUCAAGACUCCCAGUCAAUGACCUGAAGGCAACUGAACUGAGGCUUUUUGAUGAAACGUCGACAAGAACUGCCGUCAUAUAGCACUUUGUAACAGUUUUGCAGGUAGAUUAAUUAAGUACUUUAACUAUGUCUCAGUGACCAGCAGCUGUGUGUUAAUGACUGCAGUUUUCACCAGCUGUCUGGAAAACUAUUUUUGCAUAGAGACAUGAGAGCAGUAUCAAUUUUCUCAUGCUUUUAAUGCUAACAAGAAUGCACAAGUUAGCAUGCUAGCUAGAAUACAUACUAAUGCUUAGCAGUGUAGCAAUGUACUACACUGCACAAGCAUUACACAGCACAUCUAGCAUGUCAGCACUGAUCCAGUACAGCUUAGACUGAGAGAGGUUGAGCCUGAGAAGCCCUGAAAUACCCACUGUGCUAGAGUUUUAUCUCUAUUUCUCAUCCAUCCACCAGUUUUGUCCUCUGGACUCACGGGGCCCCUAGCAUCGCUGCACACUGUUAGUCUUGAUAUUAACCACAAGCAUAAAGUAUUUUGUUCAGCCCACCUUCUGUUACAGGGAUUUGAGAAGGUUUUGGCAACAUGUUGCAUAUCUAAUACAUCUGGAUACCAGUUUCUUUAGAGUAGUAUGGCAAUUGUUUUUAUCCUCCUGUGAUACAUUUAAUAGUGGCUGAGCCAGUGCUUGAAAAGCCAGUGGGCCAUAGUGCCAUGUGUACAGGCCUUAAGUUAUUAAAACUCUUCUACAGGCCCAAUGUAAUGGCCAGGAACACCUUGAGUGCUUAUGUUUACAUAACAGAGUAAAAACUACAAAAAUGAACACUAAGGCUAAAAGUCCUGCACAGUGAAUCAGCCAUAUCCAGAAGACACUUUGUGAGGGGGCGGGGAGUGGGAUUUCUACACCACAAAAUUGUACAACAAUGUUGCAAUGCAAUGCAAUUUGAGAACAAUGCAACUUUGGUCUUUUAUGCAUGACAUUUACAGAAGACAAAGCCAAGUUCAGGAAACUUGAGCCAUAAUCACAAGAUUGAGUUUUGUGUUUUAGGCUGUGUGCCAUCAGGUACCAAACACCAGUAGUGCAAAGAAUAAAAUAUUUUAAGUAUUGUUUUGA